UAUCGCCGCGGGUCGGUGGAAUCUACUUGUUUGUUGUUUUCCCGGUUUCACCAAGAAAAAAUCAAUAAUCAAGUUUUGAAAGUUAUUUUGUGUUAAAUUUAAUAAUCAUGGGGUUUUCGGAAGGUCAAAUUAUGUUGGACAGCCCGACCGGCGCUUAUUAUUCUGGACAAACUGUAAACGGCCGAGUUAUCUUCGAGUUGACCAAAGUAAAAACGAUUCGAGGUAUUUUCGUGAAAUUCCACGGCUUCUGCUCCGUGCACUGGACCACACAAAAGAGCAGGCGCGUCAACGAUAGGACAGAACACUACACAGUCUCGCACGACUCCCACGAAGAGUAUAUUAACCUGAAGAUGUAUAUCCUCGGCAGCAAGAAUGCGGAACACAAACUCAACCCGGGCAAAUACGAGUACCCGUUCACGUUCCAAAUCCCGGACAGCUGUCCGUCCGCGUUCGAAGGGUCCCACGGACACGUGCGCUACGAGCUGAAGGUGGUCGCUGACCGCGCCUACAAGACUGAUCAGGAGAUCUUCCACCCGCUGCGAGUUAUCGCGCCGCUGGACCUUAACUACCAGAACUGCAAGGAGCCACGCACGAUGGAGUUUGACCAGACCUUCUGCUGUUGGUGCAUGAGCUCCGGCGCGGCCCACACGCUGGUCAAACUGCCUGUCACGGGCUACUGCCCCGGGCAGGUCAUCCCGCUGGAAGUCAGCUGCUCCAACGCAAGCAGCGUCGAGCUCGAUCAGAUCAAGUUCGCUAUCAAGAAGGACACGGUCUUCCGCGCCGUAACGAACCCGGGCGAGAAGUCGGACCACGACACUGUCCUGGAGAUCACGAAGGGUCCUAUCCCCGGGAACACGGAGCGACACUGGACCGUGGAAUUGCAAGUGCCGGAGGUCGGCGUGUACAAUUUGAACACCUGCUCAUUUAUUGACAUACGGUACACCUUGAAGGUCAGCAUAGAAACAUCCGGAUGCCACGUGGACGAGGACGACUCUUGCCCCAUCAUAUUCGGGACCAUCCCGAUCGUGGGUUUCCAGGACAACCUUCCCGGGCUAGUCAACCAACUACCUCAAGUCAACCCUGCCGCCCCGUACCCGGCACCGGUCGUCAACCAACCGGUCGCUGCGAACAACUUCCAAGGCGCCAACUCCGCUUAUCCGGGCCAGACGUACCCUGGAGCGUCCCCGUACCCACCCCCGAAUGUGUCUCCGUACCCCAGCCCCAAUCCGCCGUACCCUAACACCAACUCGCCGUACCCUAAUCCGCCUUACCCCGGCGCGAGUCCCAAUAACGCUCCUUACCCGCAAGGCAACUCUAAUGGAGCCCUAAACCCCUCACCGUACCCGAACCCACCAUACCCCGGUGGGGCUCCAAACCCGUCACCGAAUCCACCGUACCCUAGCGAAGCUCCAAACGCGUCACCGUACCCUGGCGCAAACCCUCCGUACCCCAGCGGGCCUCCAAACGCGUCACCGUACCCCGGCGCCAACCCGCCGUACCCCAGCGGGCCUCCAAACGCGUCACCGAACCCUGGCGCCAACCCGCCGUACCCCAGCGGGCCUCCAAACGCGUCACCGAACCCUGGCGCCAACCCGCCGUACCCCAGCGGGCCUCCAAACGCGUCACCGUACCCUGGCGCCAACCCGCCGUACCCUACCACACCUUCAAAAGGCAACCUCCCGUUUCCUACCGCAGGGGCGUACCCUAGCACCCCCGCUGAGAAUCCAUCCGCUUCAAGCCCGUAUACCCGCCCUAUGAUGGGCGGAGGACUAAGGACCGGCACAACUGGGUUCAUAGGCGCCCCGGAACCGGCGGCGAUUCCUUUACUGCCGCCUGGCGCGGGCGUCCCGUAUCCUACCGUAAGUUAA